UUUUUAAAAGAGAUUGAUUUUUUUUUAUUUUUUAAGCCCAACAAUACCAGUAAGCUUAAAUGCAGGAUUCAGAAUGCCAUCCUGGUUUGAUCUUAUGACCCUGGAUAUUAGUGGCCCUGAAGAUGAAGCUGGUAUAAAGAAAGCAACAGAAACAGUUCACCAGCUUAUAGCAGAUGAAGAAAAGAAUGGAAUCCCAACAGAAAGGAUAAUGUUAGGAGGGUUCUCACAAGGAGGAGCUCUAGCACUGUAUUCUGCUCUUAUGUUUACCAAACCGCUGGCAGGGGUCAUUGCUUUCAGUUGUUGGCUGCCAUUAAAUAAGCAGUUUCCUGAGGCUGCUGUAGGGAACUUAGACAUUCCUGUACUGCAGUGCCAUGGUGAUAUUGAUCCCGUUGUUCCAUACAAGUUUGGACAACUGACAUCAGAUGUCUUAAAAAAGGUUAUGAAGAACUUGGAGUUUAAGACUUAUAAAGGCAUGAUGCAUAGUUCUUGUGAAGAAGAAAUGCAGGAUGCAAAACGUUUUAUCGAGAAGAAUUUACCACCUUUGUAAUGUUGACCAAAUAUAUUAAGGAAAAAAAAAAUGCUGUGUUAAAUGUUGUUUACAAUGCAUCACUCUAAAGACCCCCUUUCCAUUUGUUAUAUAAAGGAUGUCUUCAAUAAUCCAUACAUCUUAACCAGGUUCAUCAUUAGGAUAUAGAUAGUAGUAUUUGAAGGAUGGUUCCUCAUGGUUUUAUCGCUAAUUCUUUAUAACCAAAAAUCAAUUUUACUGAAUAUAUGAAAUGAAAAAGUUCUUACUCUCUUCUGCUAUGUAGGUAAUGCACAGUUCUUCAUAAAUAAUGUUAUUUAUGGGUAUCAGUGAACAGUUUAGUUUCUGUUCUUAGGUUAGAUGUAUUAUCAAUUUUAUAGAAUAUUUUAAAAGGGUUUUAAAUUAUUUUUGUUUAUCGAUUACCUUGAAAGAUAUGAAAUUUCAUGGAAUUAAUACAGGUUGUGUAACAGUAAACCAGAUAUACAGUUGAACCAUAUUUACCAUAUAUAAUAUGUAAUAUUAAUUUUAAAGCUCCUAACAUUCAAAUGUACAGUUGAAUAUAGAUUUGAGUUUGUAUGUUUGUUGAGUCUUCUGGUCCAUACUAAUUCAGCUUUAGUACAAAUACUUCUAAAAAAUUGCCAGGUUUAUUGUAUAUAAAUUUUUUUCUGUCUAGUUUUAGAUGUUGACAACUUUACUGUGAACAUAGUUACAAAUUGAAAUUUCUGAAGUAUUUAACUGUUGACACUUUUCAUUUAACUUAAUCCACCAGAUAUUUCACUUGUUAUAUAAAGACACAUAUCCUUUAAUUUUUUUUUUUCAUUGGAUAAACAGCAAGCUUAUGAGAGAGAGAAUUUUUAAUCUUGUUAUAUUUAUAAUUGCAAUAGAAUAAUGUUUUUACUUGAACUACAAACCUGUACUUCAGGUUAAUGUUACGUAAAAAAACAACAGUAUUCAACAUUUAUCAAUAAAAACUUUCAUAAGCUUUGCUUUAGACAAGUAUUUGAUACCUUUCAGCACAGUUUGCAGUUAAUGAGGGCUUUGUAGGUUUUAUAUUUCAGGACUGCACUCAUAAAUCAUUAUUCCCACUUUAGUGAAAUGACAGCUAAAAAUGACAGAACAUUAACCCCUUGAUUAAUAAUUAAGGUUUUGUAGAGGAUUGUGAUUGCAUUAAUAGUUAUUACAUAUAGAAAUAGCAGUAUAUGUCUGAUCAUCUUUCAAAAUAAUGAUAAGAUUGUUUAUUCAUUUGGCACUGUUAUCAUCAUGUCAUAAAAUCUAAAUAAAAGAUUGGUUGAAUAGAUUGGAAAGGUAAAAACGUUUCAAAUGUAGUACACCUGUAAAAGAUUCUUUUUUUAAUUAUUGAACCAUUUUGCUGUUCAGUAUUCAGAUGUUGUCUUAGAUAUUAUGCAAAAUUUAUUCUCUGAGCUAACUAAAUUUGAAGAAGUUAAUAAAGAGUAACACUAAUAUGAGUGUUUUUGUUUCUGUUA